AUGGAUGGUGCGCCCCAGGAUGGGGACCGCAUGGAUGAGGAUUGCAGCUCUGGAGACGGAUCCAGCGCUGCCCCGCGCGGCACAUUGACGCCAGGUGUUCUUGUCAAAAUUGAAAGCCCUGUACAGGCCACAGACUGGCUGAGAUCGAAAGGAAAGAAGAUGAAGGACAUCACUACAUACCUGACAGAGAAAAGGCUGAUUUCGGCUGGCAAGAAACGUGACUGUAGGGUGGAGUAUGGACCAUCUGGAAGAGAGUUCAAAAAGCUGCGCCCAAAGAUCAACCUGUAUGCACUGGCAGUGGCUGCCUUGGCCAAUAUUGGCAACUUGGGGGAGGACCAGACCAUCACGUGCUUUGUCAGAUGGCUUGUCAGUGGCUUGGGGGGUCUCACUGCAAGAGAAUUGAUGGGUGAAUUGGAAGUGUGGGUGCGCAGCUUGGUACAAAGAUUGGGAGUGUCAGAGCUUCACACAGCAGUGGGAUUUGGCCUUGUUGAAGGAAUGAACCUUCCUGCUGAAGCCAAUCUUCAUGGACAGCAACAUCAUACACCUCCCACACAUUUGCCGUUGGAUACAACAGAUCAGGAGGAUGAACAUGAUCUGACAGACAACACAGCUCAACCAUUUGGCCAACUAGCAUCCAAUGAGCAAUUUCCUGAUGACUAUGUGCCAUCAGAUGCCCAACCUUUGGCAGUGCUUGAACAAAGGAGCCAAGUUGAUAUGCCUAUGUCACAAUAUGACAUGUCCUAUCGUCAGUUGCCAAACAAGCAUGGACAGCCAACUGCCCAAUCAGCUUCUGUGACCCAGCGAUGGGAUCAACUUGCUGGACACAAUCGGCAAUUGCCUGGUCACCAUUUGCAUUCAGCUGCCAUACCAGUGGCACAGGCACCUGAGCGACCAACAUUGAAGAGAAGGAGGUCGUACAUGGAAUCUCAGGCAAGGACUGUGGCGCCGCAACUUGCAGUGUGGCAGGUGUUUGUUUGUUUGCUUUUUUUUCCUUCUUAA